CACUGUUGUUUUAAAAACAGUGUGGUUUUUCUUUUGUAAAUCAACUAGAUAUCACUUCUUACUUUAACUGUCUAUUUAGAACGUAAAAAUGUCUUCCAUUCAAACUGUCGGUGCUACUACCAAAUUAAGUCAACAUGAAAUUCUUCCCGCCAAAAACGAUGUUGGUGCUUUAGCUAAUAGAAUUAAUGCAGAAACCAGAGGUCAUCAUGAUAAAGUAGAUAAGAUGAUGAGUCUUCGAUUUGCUUUAGCUCUUAGAGAUGCUAAAAUUUAUCGUCAAGGUUUACAAAGUUUCUAUCAUGUUUUUGCAUCUAUUGAAACAAGUUUAAGUAAACAAUUUGAGAAGGAUGAUCAAUGGACUGAGAUGUUAAAGAGUGUAUGGAAACCAGAAAUUGCUAGACGUGAAAGAGCUGAACAAGAUCUUUUAUUCUAUUAUGAUGAUAGAAAGGAUAAAUUCAUUGAACCAAUAAUGCCUGAACAAAUUGCAUUCUCCAAACAUAUACUCGAAGUAACUGAAGCAAAACCAUAUUUGCUUUUUGCUUACUUGCAUGUCAUGUAUUUAGCUUUAUUUGCUGGAGGAAGAAUAAUGAGAUCAUCGUUUGCAAAGGCUACUGGAUUAUUUCCUCAAAAGAAUGGUUUAAAACAUGAAGAAAUUGUCAAGUUAGGAACAAAUUUCUUUGCAUUUGAUGUUGCAGAUGAAGAUUUAUUAAGAGUAGUCUACAAAAGAGAUUAUGAAUUAGUGACUAGAAAUGGAUUAACAGAAGAUCAAAAGUUGGAAAUUAUUGAAGAAUCGAAAUAUAUUUUUGAACAAAACGGAAAAUGUAUAAUGGAAUUGGAACAACACAAUUUACAAAGAUUACGUAACAAGUGGUCUUACUUUGUUAUAACUAGAGGAUAUUAUGUCUUCUUAGCUAUGGCAAUUUUAACUGCAUUAUUCUUCCUUAGAAGAGUAAUUCUCCAUUUAUUGUGAAGAUGAAGAAUUCUAAUAUAUAUACUUAUUGAACCUUCUUCCGGAAAGAGGUUUGCGGCUAUGGAAAUACUAAAACAAUUAUUACCCUUAAUUUUUGAAUUUUUUAUUUUUCUCUAUGUAUACUAAUGUACAAUAUAAAACAUAUACUUGUUUACUCAUCAUCAUCAUCUUCUUCUUCUUCUUCCUCAUCUUCGACAUCAUAAUCCUCCUCAUCG